ACCCAAAAAUAAAAAAUGCAAAAAAAUAUUUUGAUUGUUUGCAGUGUAUUUGCCUUGUGUUUGGUAAAUAGCGCUAAUGCCAUUAAAUGUUAUCAAUGUAAAUCGAUUACUGAUGCCGGCUGUGCUAGUGACAUGAUUGAUGCCAAUUCUCGUAUCCGAGUUGUAGACUGCGAUAAUGAAAGGAAACCAAAUUCUAUGGAUCAAUAUAUGCCAGUUACAAAGUGUAAUCGUGUUGUCACAAGUGAUAAAGCCGGCACCAUUAUAUCCCGCGAUUGUCACUUCCAAGUUAUUGGUUCCGAUCCCAAUGUUUGUACUGUCUCUCAUAGCCGUAAAGUUGACAGUUGUCACACCUGUACCGGAGAUUUGUGCAAUAGUAACUCGUCGGCUGGUCGUUUUAUGGCUAUUGGAUUCACUGCCGUCAUUGCUUUAGUCGCAAUGGUGUUCGCUUUCUAAU